GCUCUGCUUUUUGCGUUGGCAGCCAGUCUUUACCAAUCUGUUUCCACUGUUGCUGGGCACGGACGAGCACCGGGAAAGUCGGAAACGGAACGGGACCGGUAUGAAACGUCCGUUCAGCCAAUCAGCUCUGCCGGACACCCAGCUGGACGGGACGGGGCUUGACGCUGGGUUGGGAGUGCAGAUGGACGGGGAAAUUUGCUGCGACACCCAGAAUGAAGCUGCAGUAUCAGACGAGCAGUCACCAGGGGGCGCCCUGCCUUCUGCACUCUACAGACCCAAAAGGGAGAGGAAGCAGCGGAGCUACACCUUGUGUGAGGUUUGCAACAUCCAACUCAACUCAGCCGCACAGGCCCAGAUCCACUACAACGGCAAAUCCCACCAGAAAAGGCUCAAGCAGAUCAGCAAUGGCAAGAUGCCAAGUAACACAGGUACGUCAGCCCAGGGCAGCCCCCUUCUGGCUUCCCUCCCUGUUCCAGGUCGGCCACUGCAGCCUCAACUCGACCUCAAACACCUCCUGCCCUUCAGACUCAAUGGAUCCUCCCCCCUCAGCCUCUUCCCUAACUUUAACACGAUGGACCCUGUCCAGAAGGCAGUGAUCAACCACACGUUUGGUGUCCCACAGCCCCUCAAGAAGAAACAGAUUAUAUCCUGCAACAUUUGCCACCUGCGCUUUAACUCAACGAACCAAGCAGAGGCCCACUAUAAGGGCCACAAGCACGCCCGGAAGCUUAAAGCCAUGGAGGCCCAGAAGAACAGGCAACGACGAGCCGGGGAAGCCUUAUCCGCAGGAAGGGAGAGAGAACGAGACAGAGACCGGGAACGAGACCGGGACAGGAGCAAGACGGUUACGUCUGAGGCAGCUCUCCCUGCGCUCAUGGAUACAAGCUUAGUGGAGGGAACAAGUCUUCAGUCUGAUCUAGAACCAGCCAACCUGGAGGCGAAGCUUGAGGAGAGUCCCAGGAGCUCAGUUAUGCUGACGCCAGUAUCAGAGAUUUCUUCUGUGGAGCUGGUCACCCUCUCCCCUCCUCAGAUUUCCCCUUCCUCACAGCUUUCUGAGAUUGCCUCUGACACCAGUGCUCCUGAAGUCCCAGAAGCCACUGAGGCUGCGGGCCUGACCACUGAGUCAAGCAGCCAUGCAGAUACGUCCAGCACAAAUGGGGACGCACGUCCAGAUGAGGACAAGGACCCCAAGAAGAGCAAAGCUCACCUCCAUUGUCCUGUCUGUAAAGUCACAGUAAACUCAGUCUCCCAACUGGAAGCACAUAACAGCGGUACAAAGCACAAACUGAUGCUGGAAGGUCACAGCGUCCUGCCGCGACGCAGGGGGAAGGUGGUGGCAGCUCGUGCGGGCUGCAAGAGCAAGAGGCUCGGCAGCAAAGGCAGCGUCGGGGUGCCCAGCAAGAACUUCCAGUGUGAAGUGUGUGAGAUCUUUGUGAACUCUGAGACCCAGCUGAGCCAGCACAUGAAUAGCAGAAGGCACAAGGAUAGGCUGGCCGGAAAACCACCCAAACCCAAAUUUACCCCCCACAGCAAGAGCCAGCCAAGCUCCAGCUUAGCGAACGUGAGAUGGAGUGGCUAUGCAGGCGUGGCUGUGUCUGCCAUGAAGAAAGCAUUCAGCCAGUACAACCUCACCUCCCUCUCCUCGCAGACCAAACUGGCCUUGCAGAAGCAGCUGACCAAGAGCUUGACAACUGGCUUCCUGCCCAGUCCCCUCACCCCGCCAACUCUGUGCACAGUGGCGACUAACCCACUGGCUCUGCGCCACCCAGUGGGCACCACCACGUUCAUCCAGACCCCCUUCCUGGGCCCUGCACUGUUCCGGCCUGCCCCGGGGCCGCUGCGGGCCACACACACACCCAUCAUCUUCUCUCCCUACUAAAGACUUGACCCACUUCCCAUUUGAGCUCCACCCCUGUCCCUUAACCAAACCCCAGGCCCUCCUUUAGUGUGACCCAUAUGACAAAGGCCACACGCAAACUAUGCAGCCCACCUGACUUAAGAUGGAGAGAGUGCACAAGUCCCGAUGCUCAGUAGGCCACGAGGCCUGAGAGCUGUUCCUAUCAUAAAGGCCAAGAUCCCCCAUCAUGCCUUCUUUCUGCUCUUCUUAUCAUGACCUAAGGAGCAGGACAGGCCUCCAGACAGUGACUGGUGCACAGAGGCCGCUUUUAUAGCCAUUUCAUGGGUCAACAUGGUUUGGAUUCUGGAUAUUAUUGUGUAAUUUAUUAGAGAACAAAUAUAGACAAGUCUAGAUGUAUGUUUAGUGUGGUUGCCACAAAAUAAGGUCCCUUUACUUGAUGCUCUUUUAAAACAUUUUUAACUUAUUGGUUUUGGGGGUUUUAUGAAAGUUGGGAUGAUAGUAGGUCAUUAAAGCAACAACUGUCUGGACAAGUACACCUUCUCAACUUUAAACAUUUAAAGGACAAAUGUGAGUCCUCAUUGUGGGCUGUAUGUGGACCUAUAACUACAUAUUGUAUGUCCAUUAUGUUAAAACCACAUUAGCACCAUUUUGCACCUCCAGCCCUUUCCGCAACACUGUUUCCCCAAGCCCUUAACUUGUACGAUUAAAACAUUUCUUUCUCUCUCUCACUGAGUCACAGCCAUAGUCAUAGCCCUCCAGAUUUUGUUCCCUCCCUGUAUCCCCAGGAUUAAGCACUCAUUAAGGUCUAGAAAAGGUCAGCUUGUCAACUUGACUUUGUUUCAAUUUGCAAAUCUGUCUUCAGAGUGAUUUUUUUUCUGCUCCAGUACAUCAUUCAUGCAAUGCAGCUUGAACAUUAUGUUCUCGCCAAGCUAGCAGCACAAAAACAUUUUUGCAACUAUGGAUGUCUUACAUUGCAAAAUGCCAUUAUUUCUUUCCCCCUGUGACUGCUCUUUUUCUUUUUACUCCUCCCUCACUUCACCCUGCUGUCGUCACCUCGUCGUUACCCUUGAUUUACUCUGGUAAGCAUGAGAUGAUGAGGAGCAGGGAAACUCCCAACUCACGUGCACAGAAUCACAAAACACAAUGGAUGACCUGAAGACUUGAUGGUAUUUCAGAGCUCAAUGAAAAGUUUGGAUGACAGUGGGUGGGGAGGCUGCUCAGCAAGUACUUGAUUGACAUCCUGUUGCAGUGUGUGAGUACAGCGUGGGAGGGAACAAAGCACAGUGCCAUGGCAACCACAUUAAAAGCACCUUAAAACUAAUAUACUUACAAAAGCAAUGAAAAUUGUGUUGAUAUUCAUCUUUUUUUGCUCUAGGUGUAUGUUUUUGCAAUCCCAUGUCAGUUUCGGUGAGAAUUUUGCUUUGGAAAAAAAAAAAACAAUCAGGUGAGAAUUAUCACAUUGUGGUUUAUCAAUGACAAAUCUCACAUUUAAAGCAAUACAUUCAGUAUGUUUAUGUUUAUUAUGUGUUUUCAGUGUGUCAAUGGCUUUAUCUAUUCUAUACUGUACACACCUGUAACAAUGUAUUAUGUACUCCAACUCCAACCAAGGGCCAACUCUGAAUUGUCAGCAAAGAGUCAUUUGAAAUGAUGGGCUAUCCUGAUGGUGCUGCCCUUGAUGUUUGAUGCUCAUGGUCAGUCUCCACAUGUUGUGACUCUGGGCUGAGCUGUUCCAUUUAUAGCUGCUGUUCGCACUGCGGAGAGGGUGCUUCAGCACCGUAUGACAUUGCUGUUUCACUUUUUAGUGGAGCAGGGGAACUUUUUGUAUGACUUCCACUGAGGAAAAAACAAUGUUAACGUCAGAGACAUAGAAGUGUUUGGGAUAAGUGUCACAAGUGCAACAUCAACUGUCAUAUUACUGUUCAUGCCCGUGUGCUGUAUCAACCAACCGCCCACGCACCUAGGAUAUCAACUGACAUUCAACCCUCCCUCCGCCAAAACAGACUGUUGGCAAGGUCCCAUAAGGACUCGGAGCCCACACAUCACCCUUCCUUCAACACUCAUACCAAAUCAUGUUCUCUUAAAUUACAGUAAUGGAGCAAAUCCUAUGCAUUUUUCAUUGUGCAAUAUGUAUAGUUGUCUGUGAUGCAGCAGUGCCAUCUGUCGUGAAAACCCUGUAAUUGCCAUUCAGUACUAGUGCUUCUAUAAAACCUUUGAUCCUAUAUACAUUUCUGUUUAAGGACCCCCCUCCCUCCCCCAGUCAUUUUGGAAUAAGCGAAACCGCCAGGUCUCCUCCGCCAUACUGAUGUGAUUCUCCCCAGUCGCACUACUCAGUGAACCAGCCAGCCUUUAAUCUUCACUGUUUGUUUGUUUCUAUUGCUCAGUGGGAACUCUGACCUAAAGAACUGAAACUUUCUUAAAAUAAAGAAUCUAGAGAAGGCAAAGUAUAUGUAGAAAAAUAGAAUAACUAUAGAAAUUUUAUCAGAGUUGCUAUUGUUAUCUGUAUCAUAAAGAACUGCUAUCAUAGAGGAGAGUAGAUUAUGUUAUUGUAGACUCUGUACGGCAUACAGGGAAAGGAAAAAUGCUUUGCUUUUUUUUUGUUUGUUUGUUUAUUUACAUGGUUUUACCAACAUGUUUUUUUUAAGUACAAGAGAAAAUAUUUAAAACAAAAUUUUUUUGAGUGACCUUUUAUUUCCUUGUUGACGGUGACUGAAUUAAUAAUUCAAGGCCUUUAUCGACAAUAUCCUAAAGUCACAUUAGCCAGGCCUUCUCAGGGGUGACAGGUUGAGCAAAUACUAACAUGACCAUCCAUUCAGGGUAUCCCUCCAUAGCUCUAGAGAGCAGGAAACACUGUACGCAUGGAUGGACUGACAAAAAAAAUACAAAAAAUACACAAAAAAACAGUGCUGUACCAUAGAGAGGACAAGGGAUGGAUUUUGGAAAAUAAAGCUUUUAGAACUUGUAAAAAAAAAAAUGUUUUUGUAAUGAUUAUGCAAAUAUCUAUGUGUGCUUGUGU